AUGAACAAUAACUGUUCCCCCCUAGCCGAACCGUUUGCGAAAACUGUGCGCAGAAAGCUGAACAUUUCAGGUGGUAGCAGACGAGCUAGCAAGGCGGUAGAGCUGGCAGUGGAGCGUUCGUCUGGGAAGCGACGCGAUAUUUAUCGCGGAUUGCCAUGGCAACGUCUUGGCGUUUGCUGCUCAAUCGGACGCUGCCCGCUACACGUGGCUGCCACGUGCUCGCAG